GCACUCUCCACCUUCCGGAGCCACUUUCACUUUCUGAACUGUGGUUAAACGCUGACUUUUCUCUACUUUGUCUCAUUUUUCUCUGCAAAGUUCAGCGAAUCAGAGAAGAGGCAUGGCUGUCUACCAGCAGUUCACCCGGGUGGUGGCAGUCACCACAACCUUUGAAAACUCCGGCCAAUGGAGCACCGACCUCUGUGAUUGCUGCUCUGAUAUGGAGUCCUGCUGCUGCGGCUUUUGGUGUUUCCCCUGCAGGCAGUGUGAUACAGCCAGUAAACACGGCUGGUGCUGCUGCACGCCACUCCUGGAUGUUUUCUGUGGUCUGGCAUCCUGCUUAAUCCGCCAAUCUAUCAGAGAGCGCUACAACAUCCCUGGAUCGUGCUGUGAUGACUGCUGCAAAAUAUGUUGGUGUUACCCGUGUGUUUGGUGCCAGAUGCAUCGUGAGCUGAAGAUCAGGGAAAACCAGCAGCCCGCCACUGCGGCUGUGAUCACCACACAGGUUACCAGGGGAUAUGGUGCAACCGUUUUUCCUGUGGGUUGAAGCCAUAUGUCACUGCUAAAGCUGGAUGUUUUCAGUAUCUAUAUAUAUAUAUAAUAUAUAUACUGCAAAACACAUAUAUUUCUGUCUUAAUUUGUAUAUUGGUUUCAUGCUGCUUGUCAUGGUGAUGGAUGGGUGUUUGGGUCACAUGGAGGUGGUCACGGCAGGCAUUUCAAAGGUGACACACUCACCUGCUCUUAAUCAUGGAGGAGAGAGGUUAGCUGGGUUGCCGUAAUUUAUUGUUGACCACUUGCUUUGCUGUGCUGCUCAUUGUUAUGCAAAUCAUACUUGUCACUGUUUUAAUAAACACCACAAAAACACA